AAAGGGGAAUGUUUGGUUGUUUAGCUCAGUGUAAUUGCUUCCACUGUUUGGGUCCGAAUCAUAUCGCACGCGUCCAAACUAAAAGGCCCAGAAAAACCCCGUUUCCGUUUUCGAUAAAGUUUUCCUUUUUUUCUUUUUCUCUCAAAAUUUCUGUUUCAGAGCUGAUCUCUAGCCUAGCCGUUACCAAUCUCCCGUUCUCUCUCUCAGAUACAAGGAGCUGCUAGUUGGAGUUCAAAAGAUGCCUGCACAGAGAAUUGAGACAGGUCAUGAGGACACAGUCCAUGAUGUAGCCAUGGAUUUUUAUGGAAAGCGUUUGGCGACUGCCUCAUCUGAUACUACUGUUAAGAUCAUUGGUAUAACCAGCUCUGGUUCUCAGCAACUUGCUAUUCUUCAUGGCCAUAAAGGACCUAUUUGGGAGGUUGCUUGGGCACAUCCCAAGUUUGGAUCGGUCCUUGCAUCUUGUUCUUAUGAUGGCCAGGUGAUAAUAUGGAAGGAAGGUAAUCCAAAUGAGUGGGUUCAGGCUCAAGUUUUUAAUGAUCAUAAGUCAUCUGUGAACUCAAUUGCAUGGGCACCCCAUGAAGUUGGCCUUUGUUUGGCUUGUGGAUCUUCUGAUGGGAAUAUCUCAGUCUUCACCGCCAGGGCUGAUGGUGGUUGGGAUACCACCAGGAUUGACCAAGCUCACCCUGUUGGAGUGACCUCAGUUUCAUGGGCACCAUCAACAGCACCAGGUGCUUUAGUUGGAUCUGGUCUACUGGAUCCUGUUCAGAAGCUGGCAUCUGGCGGGUAUGACAAUACCGUGAAAGUCUGGAAGCUGUAUAAUGGGACUUGGAAGAUGGACUGCUUUCCUGCCCUCCAGAUGCAUACUGAUUGGGUGAGCGAUGUUGCUUGGGCACCCAACUUGGGGCUUCCAAAAUCCACCAUUGCAAGUGCUUCUCAGGACGGGACCGUUGUUAUAUGGGCUUGUGCUAAAGAAGGGGAACAAUGGGAGGGUAAGGUUUUGAAGGAUUUGAAGACCCCAGUUUGGAGGGUCUCAUGGUCGCUGACUGGGAAUUUACUGUCUGUUGCCGAUGGGAAUAACAAUGUAACCUUGUGGAAAGACGCAGUUGAUGGUGAGUGGCAACAAGUGGGUACUGUUGAGCCAUGAAUUUCAGAUUCUUUGUUUCUUCUCUCUGCAGUCAUUUUAAUAUUUUUUUGGACUUGUCAACUUCAAGUCUAUCGGUCUGUUAUUACUAUUUUCUAAUUGAUUUUUGUUUUGAGUAUUUCAAAUGUGUUGGAUUGUUGUAAUUUUUUCUUGGCAAACACAGGUCAAAGAAUGAUGGUUAAUUAGCCUUAUAACAUUUCCCUGCUAUCAAAUUUUAUCAUUUGUCAUA